AGGACCGCGCAGCUCUCAAGGAAUGAGGGGCUCCCUCAGACCGCCCGCUGCGGUCCGCUCGGGCGGCUGGAGCAGCCCGGCCGAGGAGGAUGGGACCGGCAGCAGCGGCGGUGGGGAGUCGGACAGCGCGGCGUCGAGCGCCUCCGACAACGACACCGCUGGAGGCGACCGUUGAGGAAAGAUGCUGGAGUGCAGAAGAAGCUCGACUACAUCAUCGAAGAAAUCCUCCGUUCGCUGCCCCAGGACGCGAUAGAGCACAAGGCAGCAGGCGUUCCGCGGGGAGCCCCGGGAAGCCCCACGGCGGCGCGCUGUGGGAGCACGUCCUGGUCGUCGUGUGCAUGGGCAGCUGGCUGUCGGCGCUGCUGCAUGGAGCCAUCUGGGGCCCCAGCUGGCUGGACAACCUCGGCACAGGCAAGUUCGACCCCCCAGAGGGCAGCCAGGCAUGGAUGGCGCACCAGGCGGUGCUGGACGGCAUGCCGGAGAAGCUGGGCGACCUGUGGCCGGUGAACAUGGCCAUCUGGAUCCGCGCGGAUCAGGAGGCGCCCGACCAGAGUAGCAUGGACGUUUGCAUCCCAGCGAUUGGAGACUUCUCGCGCGAAGUGGUCGGCCUCUUCAACGAGACCGCCAAGGCCUUCGUGGCGCUGAACGGCUGCAGGGUGCAGCAGGGCUCGCCGCUGGUCCAGAUGGGGCGUUCGCGCGACUUCUACAUGACGCCCAGCGGGAACGCCACGAUGAUGGUCGUGCAGCUGGACUCGAAAGAUCGCACCAGCCACAUCUCAGACACCUACUCGCUGGUGGAGGGCCUCUGCGACAAGUGGACGCAGCCGGGGGCCGCUCUCGAGGGUUUCGAGUGCACCGUGGUCGGCGAGUGGCUUUACGGCCGGACGGCGAAGAAGGCGGCCGUGGCUCGCUUCGCGGCCUCCGACGGGGUCGGAGUGCCCCUGGCGCUCCUGGGGCUGAUCUACGUCGUCGGCCUCUACGCUCUGCUGGUGUUGGUCACGCUGCCGGUCACCGUCCUGACCUGCUUCGACAUGAAUCUCCAGCUGACCCUGCUCCUCCCGGACGCCUACGUCGUCCCCCCGUUUGCGCCGAGCCUCCUGCUGUCGCUCUCGGUGGCGCUCUCCCUGGACUACACGCUGUUCAUAGCGAGGUGCUACAGGGACGAGUUGGCCAGAGGGUCGACGCACCGUCAGGCGCUGGCGACCUCGCUGGCCUCGUCGGGCCGCACCAUCUUCAUCAGCGGCUUCAUCAUGGUCGUGGCGAACUUCGGGGGGCUCCUCAUCCCGAACGUGUCAGUCAAGUCCCUCUGCAUUUCGAUCGCCCUGUGCAGCGCGACGACGACUGCCGUAAACCUGACACUCCUCCCGCCCCUGCUGUACUUGGUCGGCGGGCCGAUGCUGAGAGUGGAAAGGCAUCUGCUGAGGCUGCCGCUCUUCCGGUGCUUCGACCGCGGUAGGCGGCAGAUGAAGCCGGAGGCCAAGCCACUCAGCCUCAAGGCGCGGACUCCCUCAGUGAGCGGCGCCGAGGAGCUGGAGGGGGGCGGGUCGACGGGCUGGCACGUCGUCUUCUGGCAGCGCCUCUCCGCCGUCGUCACGGCGUACCCGCGGAGAAUACUGAUUGCAGUGCUGCUCAUGGGGCUGCCCGUGUGCCUGCAGG